AUGUAUGAUAGUUCUUGUGAUCCAGAGGCGGAGAGACAAGAAUCAGAGCCGGAUUUUCGUUUGGAUGCAAAUAGUAAGGGUUUGCGGAAUUUGUUGAGAAAUCAGAAUAAUUUGCGUUCUGCAGAAGAUAAGAGAAAAGCAUGGUCUCUGGGUACUUACAAUAUGAAACCAGGUUUGCUUCGACUAUCUAAAUGGGAAUUAGACUUUAAUCCACGCACACAGCGACAAACUCAUGUGCAAGCAUGGGUGCGUAUCUAUGAUCUGCCUCAAGAGUAUUGGAGGCCGCGAAUUUUGUUUGAAAUCGCCGGUGGGUUGGGCACGCCACUUAUACUAGAUGAGGCUACCAAAAAUCGCUCUUUUGGUCAUUAUGCGAGGAUUUUGGUGGACAUCAAUCUUUCUCAGCGCUUAUUUGAUGACAUUUUGGUGGAACGAGAAGGUCAUGCCUUCUAUGUGGAGAUAGUGUAUGAGAAGUUACCAGAAUAUUGUGAUUACUGUAAGUCUAUUGGUCACCCAGUCAACUCUUGCAACAAACUGAAACCCAAGAUGACUGUGGAGGAUAAUCGUACCAAACAGAUGAAGCCAUCCAAACCACAAAUUAGAACUAAAUUUGUGGAAAAAGAGAGCAAGUCCAGUGACAGUGUUAAUUGUUAG